UUUAAAAAUUAAUUCAUCUUCGACUGUCCAAUUUCCUUCCAAUUUCACUUUCACCUUUGCUUUGAAAUUGGAAAUGAUGGCACUCCUGAAAUCAGCUUUCCUUAUUUUCUAUAUAAUUUUGGUCAGCAAUGUCACGUUGUAUCGAGGUACAGUUAAUAACGAAAGCGUAAUGGAAGAAAGUACGUGCUACGCUCUUCGAGAACCGCAUCUCUAUUCAGUCACCGAAGAAAAUGUAAAUUUUUCGGAAGAAUUGCGAGAGGAAAUCUCAACAGUAGAAUCGCCUCCGCAAGUUACUUUGAAGAUCGCGAAAUGUUACGGAGAACCUCGAAAUAGCGAGUCGUUGAAGAAAUUAUUGUCGUUUACAUGCGCGCCUGAUAAAGAAAAGCAAAUUUAAAAAAAUAUGUAAUGUAUGCUUAUAUAAGAGAUAUUUAAAAGUUGCGCACAAUAUUUUAGCGCGACAAAUGUAUUUAAUAAGACUAUAUUUUUAUACUAUAACAUUAAAUAUUGAAUGCAUCGAGCUGCUA